ACUAGUGGAACAAACACUCUGGAGGUCUUGUUCUUCCUCUCUCUCUCAUUUCCUUACUAUGACCUCAAAUCCAUGAAGAAGACCCAGACGAUGAACAACCUCACUCUUCUCCUUCUCCUCCUCCUCCUCACCUGUCACCUCUCCCCAGUUCUCUCAUGGAAAAAAGACGAGUUCCGAAACUGUAACCAAACCCCAUUCUGCAAACGUGCUCGAGCCCGCAACCCUGGCUCGUCCUCCCUCACAGCCCAAGACGCCGCCAUCUCCGACGGCGAGCUCACCGCCAAGCUCGUCCCUAAGAGAAUCGAACAAGAAGAAACAACCCCCGAUCAAAUCAAGCCCUUGCUUCUCACUCUCUCUGCUUACCAAGACGGGAUCUUGCGCCUCAGGAUCGACGAGCUCGAUCCGCCCCGCAAGCGCUUCGAGGUCCCCGACGUCGUUUUGCCGGAGUUCGAGAGCAAGAAGCUCUGGCUGCAGAGGCUUUCGACCGAGACGAUCGACGGCGACGCGGCUCCGUCGUCGGUCGUGUUCUUAUCCGACGGCUACGACGCGGUGCUGCGGCACGAUCCGUUCGAGGUUUACGUCCGCGAGAAGAGGGGUAAUCGUGUAAUUUCCGUGAAUUCCAAUGGCCUAUUUGAUUUUGAGCAGCUGAAAGAGAAGAAGGGAGAGGGUGAGGAUUGGGAAGAGAGGUUUAGAGGGCACACGGAUAAGAGGCCCUACGGCCCUCAGUCCAUUAGUUUUGAUGUGUCCUUUUAUGGGGCUGAUCAUGUUUACGGGAUCCCUGAGCGUGCUUCAAGCUUGGCUUUGAAGCCCACUAGAGGUCCCGGGGUUGAGGAAUCUGAACCCUAUAGACUGUUUAACUUGGACGUGUUUGAGUAUAUUCAUGAUUCCCCAUUCGGGCUUUACGGCUCUAUUCCAUUCAUGAUUUCCCACGGUAAGGCCCGAGGGACGUCCGGGUUCUUUUGGUUGAAUGCUGCUGAAAUGCAGAUUGAUGUUCUUGGAAGCGGGUGGGAUGCCGAGGCAGGCAUUGCUCUCCCUUCGUCGCAGAGUAGGAUUGACACGUUUUGGAUGAGUGAGGCCGGUAUUGUGGAUGCUUUUUUUUUCGUGGGACCGGGACCAAAGGAUGUAGCACGUCAGUAUGCGAGUGUGACUGGCACGCCCGCAAUGCCGCAGCUUUUUGCGGUGGCGUAUCACCAAUGUAGGUGGAAUUAUAGAGACGAGGAGGAUGUGGAGCAAGUUGAUUCUAAGUUUGAUGAGCAUGAUAUUCCGUAUGAUGUUUUGUGGCUUGAUAUUGAGCACACAGACGGGAAGAGAUAUUUUACAUGGGAUAGGAUGCUUUUCCCGCACCCGGAGGAGAUGCAGAGGAAGUUGGCUGCUAAGGGUAGGCACAUGGUUACUAUUGUGGACCCUCAUAUUAAGCGAGAUGACUCGUACUUUUUGCACAGGGAGGCCACAGAAAAAGGCUAUUAUGUUAAGGAUGCCAAUGGGAAUGAUUACGAUGGGUGGUGCUGGUCUGGUUCGUCAUCAUAUUUGGAUAUGUUGAGGCCAGAGGUUAGGUCCUGGUGGGCUACAAAGUUCUCUACUGAAAAUUAUGUUGGUUCAACUCCCUCCUUGUACAUCUGGAAUGACAUGAAUGAGCCUUCUGUCUUCAAUGGUCCUGAGGUCACAAUGCCUAGAGAUGCUGUACAUCUAGGAGAUGUAGAACACCGGGAGUUACAUAACGCCUAUGGUUACUACUUUCACAUGGCUACAGCAGAUGGGCUUGUUCAGCGAGGUGAUGGAAGGGAUAGGCCAUUUGUUUUAUCGAGAGCAGUAUUUGCUGGAAGUCAAAGGCAUGGAGCAGUAUGGACAGGAGACAAUACAGCUGAAUGGGAUCACCUCAGGGUUUCAGUUCCGAUGAUUUUGACUCUUGGUCUUACUGGGAUAUCAUUCUCUGGUGCUGAUGUGGGUGGGUAUUUUGGCAAUCCGGAACCUGAGUUGUGGGUUCGUUGGUAUCAAUUAGGAGCCUACUAUCCUUUCUUUAGAGGUCAUGCUCACCAUGACACCAAAAGACGAGAACCAUGGUUAUUUGGAGAAAAAAAUACUGAACGUAUAAGGGAGGCUAUACACAUCCGUUACAUGUUGCUUCCAUACUUUUACACAUUAUUCAGAGAGGCAAACACCAGUGGAUUUCCAGUUGCUCGUCCAUUGUGGAUGGAGUUUCCUUCCGAGGAGGCUACUUUCACAAAUGAUGAGGCUCUCAUGAUUGGAAACAGUCUUUUGGUACAAGGGAUCUAUACAGAGCAUGCAAAACAUGCUUCUGUUUAUUUGCCUGGGAAAGAAUCAUGGUAUGAUGUGAAAACUGGAGCAGCUUACAAGGGAGGUAAGACCCAUAAGCUGGAUGUUAAUGAAGAGGGUGUUCCUGCUUUCCAGAGGGCUGGGACUAUCAUACCAAGGAAAGACCGCUUUCGUCGGAGUUCCACCCAGAUGGUGAACGAUCCAUACACUCUGGUGAUAGCACUGAAUAGUUCACAGGCAGCUGCAGGUGAACUCUAUGUGGAUGAUGGAAAAAGCUUCGAGUUUCAGCAAGGAUCCUAUAUCCAUCGUCGCUUUGUUUUCGCAGAUGGGAAGCUUACAUCUCUUAAUCUGGCACCUGCACAAACCCAAUUUUCUUCAGAAUGUGUUAUUGAGAGGAUUAUUCUGCAAGGCCUGUCUACGAGGCAAAAGAGUGCGCUAAUUGAACCGGCAAAUCAAAAGGCUGAGAUUGAACAGGGCCCACUUCUCCUUUAUUCAAGGCAGGGACCAUCAGUGUUAACGGUUCGUAAGCCUAAUGUUCGGAUAGCAGAUGAUUGGGUCAUAAAAAUAUUUUAGAAACUUACAGUUCUCGCACGCUAAUCUCAGGCCGAUUUUGGGGUUGAACAUCUCUAAUAUUUAUUAGAUUGUUGUAAAUAUUAUAUAUAUGUGGCUGUCUACCGUAAAUACUCAUUAGCUCAUUAGUUAUUGUCCUUAUGAUUUAUUAGAUAGUUGUAAAUAUUAUUUAUAUGUGGCUGUCCACUGUAAAUAAUUAUUAGUUAUGUCAUUAUGAUGUAAGCACUAUUCCUAUAUAAAAAGUUUAAUGAGAAUGAAACACACGUUUCUAUCUCUACCUA